AUGGUUCAAGAUUCAAUAUACUAUGUAAAGAAGUGUGAAGCUUGUCAAUACCAUGCAAACUUCAUACAUCAGCCUCUAGAGCCUCUACAUCCAACUGUGGCUUCUUGGCCGUUCGAGGCUUGGGGACUUGAUCUGGUUGAUAAUGGAAGACAAUUCUCCAAUAGCAUGAUAGAUAAGUUAUGUGAAAAAUUCAAGUUCAAGCAAUACAAGGCAUCUAUGUACAACGCAGCUGCGAAUGGCCUAGCAGAAGCAUUCAAUAAGACGUUAUGCAGUCUUUUGAAAAAAAUUGUCUCCAAGUCGAAGAGGGAUUGGCAAGAAAGAAUCGGUGAAGCAUUGUGGGCUUAUCGAACCACUCAUCGCACUCCUACAGAGGUUACACCAUAUUCGCUUAUUUACGGUGUAGAGGUUGUUCUUCCUCUCGAAAGGGAAAUCCCAUCAUUAAGAAUGGCAGUGCAAGAAGGGUUGACUACUGAAGACAAUGUCAAGUUACGUCUUCAAGAGUUAGAAACACUUGAUGAAAAGUGA